AUGCCGCGCUAUAAACGAAGCGCCCUGGACGCCGAGCUGGACGUAGCAGCAGAGCCAGCGGUGCCGCCAGAGCAGCAAGAGAUGUUGGCCAAGCUGCGCAACAUGUGGGAGUUUGCCAGUUUCAUGCAGUACAUCUUCCUGUUUGGCCAUGUCGUCAAGAUCGACGACGACUUUGACAUUGAGGACCUCGAAACAGAAUGUCUGCUGCCUGCAGCCUCAGAGAAGCUCGCGCGCAUCGGGCUGCAGCUCCUCAAAUACGUCUCCUCGCAUCGCGGCCUGACCCCCGACAUCUUUGACGAGUAUACGCGCCGACAGUACAUCGCCAAGGCCCCGCAACGCAACCCCUUCGGCGACGACGAAGACCCCAUCAAGUUCAACGACCUCGACCCCUACACCCGGAUACAAGUCCUGCAGCAGCUGAGCACAUGGACGCUGGGCAAUGCAGAGCGGAUUCGCGGCAUGAUGUCCCAGGAAGAGCAUCACUUGGGCUGGCGCAUGGACCCACUCGGCUGGGACAGAGACGACCGCGCAUACUAUGUGCUUGACGACAACAGAUUGUAUCGUCGUGCUGACGAGCCUCUACCGCCGCCGACACCAAAGCCCAAAGCGAAGGCAAAGCCAAAAGCAAAGAGCAAGGCUUCGAAAGGUGCGAAGAGCCGUGCGACCAGAGCGAGCAAGCGACGCAAGGUGGAUGAGACCGAAGAUGAGGAAACAGAAGAGCAACCUGAGGCGGAUGAUACCGCCGUGGAGGAUACGAUCAUGACCAAUGGAGACGCAACUGUGCUGGAAGAAGAGCCUGGCUACGGCUUCACGAGCAAGACGUGGGAGUGCAUUGCCAUCACUUUGGAGGAGUACCAAGAAUUCAUGUCCAGCAUAUUUCGCUCGCGGGACCCGAACGAGAAGCAGCUUUACAAGAGCAUAGAGACCGAUGUACUGCCCAUCAUCGAGAAGCGUGCAGAAGCUCGGCGACAGAAACAGCUGAAGAAGUUGCGGGAGUUGGAGAAUGUGCAGAAGAUGGCUACAGCCAAGCGAUCGAGCAGACUUGCGGGCAAGGCUGAGAAGGAAGCACAGGAGCGUGCGGAUCGUGAGGCGGAAGAAAAGCGGCAAGCCGAACUGAGAAUGGCGCGAGAGGAACAGGAGAGGCAAAAGAGAAUCGAAGAGGCAGGUCGAGACUGGCUGGAUAUGUCCGAUGAUACUAACGUUCAGCAGGGCCACGAGUCACGGCGACUUACUCGAGAACAGCGAGUACGCGAGCGAGAAGCCAAGCGAAUUUUGCACGAAGAAGAACUUGCCAAGUUGGAGGAAGAAGGUGAUCGCGCCGAAUCGCAUGAGGCAGACAGUGAGGCUGGAGAUUCCAAACGAGCAUCCGAACGUCAACGCAAGACGCAGAAGGAACAGCACAAGAAGGAGCUGGAGGCCCUCGCGGAAGAUGAAGGUACGUGGUACUUCGACUGUGCCGUCUGCGGUAAGCACGGAGAGAACAUGGACGAUGGUUCCCACAGCAUCGCCUGUGAUAGGUGCAGUGUCUGGCAACAUAGUAAGUGCCACGGCUUCUCGCCUAAGCAGGCCGAGGCAGAAGGGUUUACGUUUGUGUGUCGGACCUGCAAGCGCAAAGAGCAGGAUGCGAAGAAGCCCAAGAUCCCGCCGCUCAAGCUCCACAGCCGUGCCAGUGGAAGCCCGGAAACACACAAGAGCAGCAGUCGUCCGGCGACGGCCAACGGCCAACAAACUGGUCAGCUUCCCGAUCAUGUUGCGAGGCAGCUCGACGGCAUGGAUGCGCAACAGCCGCGGCCAAGUCCGGGGCCUUUUGGUCAGAUUACGAAUGGACCGAAUCUGACUCCUCACGGUCAGCAACAACAGGCGUCGAACGGGUACCGCUACCCUGCUGUUGGCAACGUCGCUCCACAGCCACAACAGCAGGCCUGGUCAGCCAGUGGCAAUGUCCCUCCCACGGGCCGGGUCCCAGGUUAUGGCGCUGCAUCACCUCCGGUGCUGAACGGGUAUCCUGCUCAUCAUCAGCAGCAACAUCUAUACGCGCAUCAGAAUGCUGUGGCAACAUCGGGUGGUCACCCGGCCUAUCCUCGGCAACACUACGCACAGCAUCAGCACCCCAAUGGCUACAACGGCCAGGCACCUGCAGGCAUGCACACCACAGCACCACCUCUUCAAGGCCAUCAUUAUCAGCAGCCUUCAGCACCGUACAUGGGCCAGUACUCACAACCAAUGCACCCUCCACAUGCGUACCAGUCACAACAGCAACAUCGGCAAGGCUCCAGUCAGCAGCUUAUGAACGGAUUCCAGUCUCCAGUCAAGCCAGCCGGUGGCUCAUCCUUUUCGUCCCCGCCUCAUCAGCGACCACCGUCACAAGGAUACUCCCCGCAGCAUGGCCAACAGCAUCUCCAGCAGAGUCCAAGAACAAAUUUGCCACCACCACAGGAAUCACAUCAGCAGAGGCCUGCGCAUUCCCCUACCAAGUCUUCACUGCCGCCAUUGCAUCAGGCUGGACCAUCACCACGCCCUCCACAACUUACGCAGACUCCUCAGAACCUACCACCCAUGGCGAACGGGGAUGCGCACAACUCUCAUCACUUGCAGACUCCACAAAUGAACCGGCCAGCCCACGCUGGAGCUGCAAAUUCCACCAAUGUCGCAGCCGAUGGCAUGUCUGGACCCUGGCCAGAUGGAUCAAAAGCGAUUCCACUCAAACACGACCAGACUUCUCCUGCGCCACCAGCUUCUGCACAGAGUAUUGACAAUACGAAGAUCUUCCCGCCAAACACGCCCUUGGUGCCCAGUCCCAGCCAACAAGCUGCCGGAGCGACUGGGAGUGUGCCAGUGAAGAAGAUGCCCGCACUGUCGCCGGAACCGAAGCCAGCCGCCAAUGGGCUGCCGCCGCUGGCACUCAAGCCAGAGAUUGGUGUGCAGAUUUCGCCACAGGCCUCUGCUCCCUCUCAGGCUCCGACGCUGCCUGGAGCCGACGCACCCUCGACUGAAAAGCAGUAA